AAAAAGACAUGGCUGAACUGAAACGAAGUAUAGUUUGUAAUCCCGGGUAAAAGUUUGUGUUGUAAAAUCUACAUUAUGGGGGAGUUACGGAAUCUUUUCAAUCGAAUAUAUUCAGGCUUUGUUUUGAUCGCCACGGUACACGUGUGUUUGUGUUUAGAGCCCAGUGACAACACAGAGGAAUUUCAUAUGGUUCAAGAUAAAUCCUUUUCUAAUGUGACAAUUUAUGACAUGAAUGUGACGUGUGGGGAGCACAGACCAGGACUGUUUCCCUCCCAGACUUGGACCUGUAAUGACAUUAGGGUGAAUGGGAUGAGGAUGGCCUAUGGCUACUACCCUGGUCUAGGGGCAGACAGCAAAUGCACAGAGUCAGGUGGAUUUGAUGAACUCCGACAACUUUGUUACAAGUUGAUGGAAUCCAUUGCUUCAAACAGACAAUUAUGGGGGGCUCAGGUAUCCAAAGCAAGCUGCGAUUACAUUAAUGAAAAGCGAGUGAUGCUGAAUCUGUCCCUGGAUGGUUACUAUUGGAAGAUUAUGAAACCAGGUUAUGGUUGGAUAGAAACACUGCAGUGUGUGGCCUUUCCAAAGGAUGAUGCUUUUCCAUUCCCAUGAUGCAAUAAAUGCAGAAUUGACCUACUUUUAACGAGAAAUGAAACAGGAAAAAUUCAUCACCUGCCACUUUGGUUGUUUGAUCUCAAUCUUUAGAAAAAUGAUCAGAUUUUACAUUUGUGCUCUUGUUUUUUUCCUUUUUAUUUCUUGGAGAACUGUUGAGAGGAUUAAUAAAGAGAAAUAUUUACUCUAAGCUUUUAUGACAUCGAUUAAUUCAGUUGCAGUUUGAAAAUUGCCUUAUCAAUUCAAAAGCAUGCAUCUCAUACCCAGUUUAGAAGCACAUAUUUUCUAAUUGCCUCAGGUUAUUUGAAAUUUUUACCAGUUAUGUUGUUCAUAUGUUAUUAGGUUUGAAGACAUUUUUUAAAGAAAAUUUGCAUAAAAUUGUUUUGAUUAUCUUUCCUCUCUGAUAUCUGUCAGUCAGGACUUAUAGUCACACAUUUAUUUGUAGUGAAUCAAUACAAGUGUUUUUAUGUUUUUAAAUAUCCCAGUAACUUGUUUUUCCCAGGAAUAAGAUAUUGUUUCUUAUGAAUAUUUAUAUAUUGCAUUUGCCUGUAUGUUCAUAUCUUGGUAAUCCGUGUUUGUGAACUAGCCAACAGGUUACUGUCCCUGGCAAUCGUUAUUGGUGAAUUGACUUCUCGUCUUGUUUUGUAAUAAUGAUAAUGUCAUUUUUGAAAGGAAGUUUGCUGAAGUAAAUGUUUUAUUGUGUUGUCAAUAUCAUUUGCUCUAACUAUUUAUUUUAGAAUGAAGGGGUAGCUUAAUGAGGUGUAAGAUAACUUUUUUAACAGAUUUGAAUGUAAAAGAAAUCAUGCUUCUGGUAUUUUAAGAACUGAAAAGGUUAAAGUGACUGUGUAUUCAAAAUGUAAAAACUAUAAAGUAUACAAAAUUUACUGAUAAAUUGCACUGGAUUUAAACUUGGUGUUCUUCGAGCUGAAAAAAAUUGUGUAAAGAUUUUUUCUUGGUUACGUAGGUAAUUAAUAUUUGAUAGCAUCUCAUAUGUAUAGGGUAUUGAUAAUAUGUAGAAAAAAUAAGGUUCUAGCCGAAUUUGUACUCAUAUUAAAAUCAUGAAAAAAGAAACAGAGAAUAUGAUAGUUUGUAAUUUUUAUAGAACUGUUAGUGUCUUAAUUGUAAACCAGCAUCAUUUUGACUCACAAAAUUCACAGAGGACACAAGAAAGUAAUAAGUACAAACAGUUUUUGGGAUUUCCUCAAGUUUGAUGAAUUUUUAAUCAUAUUUCAGUUAAAACUGGGUGGAAAUUAGCCCAUCUGAGAUUUUCAUAUGAAAGAAUGGCAUGCUUAAAUUAUGUAAACUUGGCAAAUAUGCUGACUCGCUUUAUAUGUUUUCUACAAACCUAUGUUCCUUUAAACGAAGAAAAGUUUAUAAAAGUUCAGAUUCAGAUGUUAAUCCAAGGCAUGAAAUUCCUGUUUCUUUUGUGUAUUGUGUCAUCAUAAAAAAGAAAAAUCAAAAUUUUUAAAUGCAGGUGUUUGAUUAUCACAGUACUCUGCAUGACAUAAAAAGAGGGCUAAAAGGGGACCAUAACAGGCUUUAUUCUUUAAUGUAAAAAAAGUUUUUUAAAACUGGUGAGUUUAUCUUAUAUCCAAAUUAGAGUGUGAUUAGAAAUUGAGUACAUGUAUUUUCAUUUGGCCGUGUGAUUUUGUUUUUUGUGCAAUAUGUUUUAUGUAUUGUUCCUCUCAUAGACAAGAGAAGUAGAGUUAUAUACCUUAUGUAUACUUGUAUUGAGCAAAAUUGCUUAGUAAUGAAUUUGUUUAUUGUUUUUUUUUCUUAUUUGCCUGUUGUUUAGCCCAGAGGUUCUAAUAUUUGUAGGAUCAUGUUAUUGAUCUGUCUAUCUGUUUGUUGGGAAGCCUACAUUUGUCUCUCUUUUGAACUGUACGAGAUAUCGAUACAUAAAGAUUUCAUAUUUGGCUUGCUCCACCAGUAACUAAUAAUCCCAGUCUGUUUUUUUGAGAUCAUAAUCAUCAUGUCACAGGUGAGAAGUUAUUGGCUGAGGUAUAUUGAAAAAAUUACUGAAUUCAUAAAAAUGAAAUGUGAAAUCUUACUUUAUAUGGAGAUAUUGUCUUUCAGAUAACACAUUUUGUUGAUUUUAAAACAGAUACCAAGUGCUAUUAUUACUAUAUGCUUUUUGGAAGUCCCAUUUUUAAAAAAAAAUAUUAUCUUUAUUCUAUGCAAUAUCUAAUAAUAUGUCAUUGUUAAUAGUCAUAUUUUAAUAUGUUCAUGUACAUCGUAAAAAUAAAAAAAGGAUGAGAAAAACGUCAUCAUGUAACACAGUCUAAGAUGUACAUGUACUCUGUUAGAAUUACUUAAAUAUCAGAGCGCUAGUACACAUUAGCAAUUGUAAAUAAAUUUCAUUGAACAGUACUGUGUACAAACAUUGACAAUCAUAUAACUAUACACUUGUAAAUAAAAUGUGAAGGCACCUGGA